ACGAUGUAUUUGUCCACGACGAGUCAUGUUGAUUUUUCUUAGUCCUUAACUUGGUUUUUGGUCGUGGUUUAUUUUACCGCAUAGCAUGAACAAGGUGCACUUAGAAUAUAAAAAAAUCUAUUGAAAAUGAUGGUACUUCCAUUCCAUGUUAUUAUGUGUACUUGACUACUUACCAAUCAACAGUUCAUUCAACAAGCACACAAUCCAUUGCUUGUGUUGUUAUUAUGACCUUUGAUACUCUAAGUAGUUGUGCUUUCAAUGUCAAUCUUACUAUGCAUUGUCCUUUUUUAUGUUUUAAAAAGAAAAAAGGCACAAGGACAAUGCAUGCUGUGGUCAUUUUUGUGAGACUAAGGACUAUGCAUGUUGUUGUGGGUCUAAAUUUCAUUACUUUGCAUUUGGAAUCUGGUCCAGCCAGAUAUACACUAAUUGCAUUGAAAUUGGAUAUUGACUAGUUCUUUGAUUGUACUUUUAGCAAGAACAAGAACAUGCAAUUGGUACAUGUUGAUAGUGACUAAGAAAUUGUCCAUUAUAGACUUAAAUUUUAACGCUUUUUAAUUGAAGUUGGUGUUCUAGUUGAUCUCACUCCAUGAUUUUUAAAAUAAGGUUCAAAUUUUUUAUGUGACAAUAGCAUGAAGCCAUUUUAUUUUAUUUUAUAAUGGUUUAGGUAUUGAAAUGCAAAAAUGGGUUAGGUUGCUAACAACUUUUGAUUUAACCAUGAUGAAACAUUCAAUUUAAAAGAAAAAAAAAUGUAGUAACUUGGUCUCUCACACAAAUCACAAAUUCUCUACCAAAGCCAAACAUCACACAUAAUGUUUCCUAGGAUCAUAUUCUGCACUGCAGCUUCUCUCGCAACAAUAGUAGUCAUUGUUUUGGCUUUGGUUUCACCAGCUUCACAUAACAAGAUCCAUUCAAGGCCAUGGCUUGAUUUGUCCCUUUAUAUCCAACAACCUCAAAACAUAUCAACCUUAAAUACACAUGUUGUACCAAGAGAAGAUGUUGGAGCAUUUAUCUUUCAUCGUGUACUUACAGAGGGACCAGAGAACACUUCAAUGGUAGUAGGGAAAUUUCAACAAUCAGAAUUCAAUGUUUUGUAUCUCACUUUUGACACACCUGAUCAUUCAGGUAGCUUGAGUGUGCAGACAAUGAAAGUGUCUCAUAAGGACAGAGAUGAAUUCAAGGUUGUAGGAGGAACGGGUUCGUUUGCAUUUGCUCGCGGUGUUGCGGUUUUUACUCAGACGGAUAAACAAAUUAGUGAGGAAGCUAUAACUUAUCAUGUGAAACUUCAGCUUGAAUUCCCUAAUCAUUCUCCAAAGUUACGAUCAUGAACUGAAGCAGAGUUUUUAGUUUACUUCGCUUUUGGUUUACUCUGAUGCUUUUUUGUCAGAAGAAUUUUUAAAUUCUACUAACAUCCAAGAAUGAAUCUUCGAGGUCAUAGAUAUGUCAAUAAUAAUAAUAAUAAUGUGUUGUUAGAGUAAUUGAUUUGUUGGAAUUGCUUAUCAAGUAUUGUAUUUUAUUUGAUUAAUUAGAACAAUAGGUUUUUCAGACUUGCGUGUUUAAUGUCCCACAUCGGCCACGGGAAAGUGCAGAAAUAAUAGAGUCUUUAUAAAUAGAAGUAGCGAAGCACGUACCAAAGUAUCUUUGCGCUUGGGGCAAUGACGCAGCUAGUGAGGUACUAACCGAGGCGCGUCUAUUGCUGGUUGAAAACUAUUUCCAAACCCCCUCUUAGGCCUGGGUUUUGCUCAGGCCUUAGAGAAUUUCUGGAAGGGCUCCCUCUUUUGGGUAAAGCCCUACAA